AUGACAUCAACACAGAAGUUGCAUUCCCAAUUCCGCACCUCUCCGAGCAGCCUCGAGUCAGAGUCGUUUGAUCAAGAGGAGGCCAACGCGUCCAUAGAGUCAUCGCUUUGGUCGAGCAACCAUGGGCACAACACUACGGAUGAAGCCACGGAAACAAGUGACAAGAUCAACAUUGCCCAUAGCGAAACCAGGCACGUUUAUCGAGCCAGGAUUGUAAUGGCGGUGGUGCUGAUGCUCGUGGCCGGCAUCAUUUGUGGAGGAGUCUACUAUCUCACACGCAAACAAGAGGAAGAAAUGUUUGAGAAUGCCUUCUUGGAUCUGGCCACCAAGGUUGCCGAUACUUUUGAAUCUAUGGCCGCCCGUCGCUUGAGCGCGAUCGAGAGUCUUGCUGUUACCAUCUCUUCCAACGCUGCCUCGAGAUUUCAACGUUGGCCCAACGUCACCGUUGACGACUUUGAGACGAGGCUGUCGUACACGUUGGAUCUCGCUGCUUUGGUGGGUAUCAUCUUCAUUCCCUUCAUAACUGGGGAAACGAGGAAGGGAUGGGAAGAAUACAGCGUUCAAAACCAAGGAUGGCUCAAGGAAGGCCUGUCGCAACAGAAGCUUGCAACGAACGGAGACAACUACCUGGAGGCGGAGAGCAUUGAAAUCUUGGAAAAGACAUGGGGAUCGAGCCCGAACAUGACCAUUCCGGAAGAAAUCUCCAAGCUAAGUGGGACGGGUAUCGUGGAGGAGACAGGGCUUGGUCCAUACGCACCAUUCUGGCAGUUGGCUCCUGCAAUCCCAGUACCGAACUUGGUCAACUACAACGCGUUAUCUCACCCUUCACGAACUCCAAAGAUCAAAGCCCUCAUCGAAAACAAAGCAGCACUUGUCAGUGAGGCCUGGGACUAUUCCGAUGUCAAUUAUGCAGGCACAGUUGGCAAGAAGGCAGUGUUGAAUCUCUUCUUGAACCGGCGCCAGGACGCUGGACUGCACUAUCAAGAUGGGCCUGUAAGCGACCUAUAUGUUCCCAUCUUUGAGGAUGUCCAUUCUGAUGUCAACCAGACGGCCAAUCCAAGCAAAGUUGUGGGUGCCUUGACUGCCUAUGUGUACUGGCAAGUUUAUUUCUACAACAUUCUUCCAAAAGACACUCCUGAGAUGACUGCUAUUCUGGAGAAUACCUGUGGACAGGCCUUUACUUACAAGAUGAUGGGAAAGGAGGUUUCCUAUGUCGGGCAAGGAGCACUUUUUGAUUCCAAGUACACUGAUAUGGCUGUCACCACAGGUUGGAAUGCUUUUCUGCAGCAGGAGACUCCUACCCACCAACAUGAAGCUCAGGCUGCUGCUCAUUGCAGCUAUCAAGUCCGGGUGUACCCUACAGAAGACUUGGAGAACCAUUAUGUGACUUCAGACCCAGUAUAUUCCACACUUGUCUUGAUCUCAGCAUUUGUCUUUACAUCACUGGUCUUCAUUGGGUAUGAUCUUGCGAUGGAGAGAAGGAAUCGAGUUGUGAUGAAGAAGGCUGUAGAAUCCACAGAAGUGGUCAACACCUUGUAUCCUGCAGCUGUGAGGGAAAGGUUGUUUGAUGAGAACAAGACUCAGAACCCUCGGUCAUCCCUUCUGUCAAAGAGCAUUACAAAACCAGAAUUAACAAGUGGACCUAUUCAUGGAGACGAUGGGUUUAAUGCUGACAUCAUUGCUGACUUGUAUGAGAAUGUCACAGUCAUGUUUGCCGAUUUGGCUGGUUUCACACAAUGGUGUGAUGGACGUGAGCCAAAGGAUGUCUUCCUGCUACUUGAGACCCUGUAUGGGACCUUUGACACUAUUGCUAGGCGCCGUCGAGUCUUCAAAAUUGAGACAAUUGGAGAUUGCUACCUUGCAGUUUGUGGGGUACCAAAGGCAAAUGAUAAGCAUGCUGUUGUGAUGACUCGCUUUGCAUGGGAGUGCAUUGCCAAGAUGGACUCUUUGAUUGAACUACAGCUUGCAGAGACAAUGGGAGAUGAAACUAAGGACCUCAAGCUCAGGGUGGGUCUUCAUAGUGGAAGCCUGACAGCCGGGGUGGUAAGGGGAGAUCGUGCUCGUUUCCAGAUUUUUGGAGACACUGUGAACACUGCCUCAAGGAUAGAAAGCAAUGGUUUGCCUGGAAAUAUUCAGGCAUCCGAGACCACAGCCAGCUUGCUGAUUGAAGCUGGCAAGAGUGAGUGGGUCAGAGAACGAGAAGGGGGCAUCGAUGCCAAAGGAAAGGGAAACCUCCGUGCUUUCUGGGUGAAGCCAAAAUCAGUGAUCUUCCAAAGCUCUAGCACUGUUGAGUCGUCAUCUGUUGCAGCCGGCAGCAGCUCUGAAUCUGACAGUCGUACCUCACCUUGUUGCACAUUAGUGGAAGUCUAA